AUGCCACUCUAUGCCAAGUUUCUAAAGGAGCUCAUGAUAAGGAAAAGAAACUGGGGAGAAAAGAAAAUUGUAGUCCUCACAGAGGAAUGUAGUGUCAUCAUACAAAAGAAGCUUCCCCAAAAGAUGAAAGAUCAUGGGAGCUUCCAAAUCCCCUGCAUCAUAAAGGAUAUUAGCAUUGAAAAGGCACUAUGUGAUCUAGGGGGCAGCAUCAAUCUUAUGUCCUUAGCCAUGAUGAAAAGAAUGAGGAUUGAAGAGGCUAAACCAACAAGAAUGGCUCUUCAAUUAGCUGAUAGAACAUUCAAAUUUCCUCAUGGGGUGGUGGAAGACUUGUUGGUGAAAGUGGGAGAAUUCAUCUUUCCAACUGAUUUUGUUAUGCUUGAUAUGGAGGAAGAGGCUAACACGUCAAUCAUAUUAGGAAGACCAUUCCUAGCUACCGCUGGGGCCAUAAUUGAUGUAUAA